UUUCAUUAAAUCAUCUAUCUACCUAAGAGUUCAUGGCUAUCUCCCUCCUCCUUUCCCUAUUCAUAUUAUCUAUCUUUUUCCUCGUUAUACGGAAAAGAAAACGACAACCGACAAAACGGGUCCCACCCGGUUCAUUAGGCAUACCGUUUAUUGGCCAAAGCCUUGACCUUUUGUGGGCCAUGAGAGCUAACACUGCCGAGAAAUGGAUGUCCGAUAGAGCGAAAAAAUACGGGCCCGUUUCGAAGAUGAGCCUCUUUGGCAAACCGACCGUUUUCAUUCACGGGCAAGCGGCCAACAAGCUUGUCUUCGCAAGUGACGGCAAAUUGAGCAAUCAUCAGACGGAAUCUGUGAGGAUGAUACUCGGAGAUCGGUGCCUUUUGGAACUCAACGGGGAAGAUCAUAAGAGGAUUCGGAAAGCUCUUGCCUUGUUCCUCAAGCCAGAUAGCUUAAAGAACUACAUCGGAAAAAUCGAGGAAGAAAUCAGCAUCCACCUUGAAAUGCAUUGGGUGGGGAAAACCGAAGUUAAGGUUUUACCAUUGAUGAAGAAGCUCACAUUCGACAUAAUUUGCUCCCUUCUUUUCGGCCUUGAAAGAGGAGCAAGGAGAGACGAACUCGUUCAGUAUUUCCAAGAAAUGAUCGAAGGAAUGUGGUCGAUUCCAUUUAAUAUUCCGUUCACACGCUUCAACCGCAGCCUCAAGGCCAGCCUCAGAGUCCAGAAAAUGCUGAAAAAACUCAUAUCCGAGAAAAGGACUCAACUCGCAAAGGGUGGCGAAUCAUCUAAUCAAGAUCUCAUCACUUGCUUGCUCGGCAUUCGUGGGGCCCACGGCGAAGAAGUAAUCUCCGAAGACGAGAUUAUACACAACGUUAUGCUGAUCAUGGUUGCUGGUUACGACACCUCAUCGGUCCUAAUUACUUUUAUCGUUCGGGUUUUGGCGAAUUAUUCAAAUGUACACGAGGCUGUUCUGAAAGAGCAAGAAGAGAUUAAAAAGGGUAUUUCUUAUGGAUGUUUCUUGACAUGGGAAGAUCUAGGCAAGAUGAAGUAUACAUGGGAAGUGGCGAUGGAGACUCUUCGAAUGGUUCCUCCGAUAUUCGGAGGCUUUCGUGAGACGUUGGAGGAAAUCGAGUAUCAAGGGUACAUAAUACCGAAAGGGUGGCAAGUAUUCUGGGUUACUAGCAUGACUCACAUGGACGACAAUAUUUUUCUGGAACCAUCCAAAUUCGACCCGGCCCGGUUCGAGAAUCCAGCAUCAAUUCCGCCUUACGUUUACGUACCAUUUGGUGGUGGGGCCCGUAUUUGUCCGGGUUAUGAGUUUGCCAAGAUUGAAACUUUGGUGACAAUUCAUUACCUGGUUACUCGAUUCAACUGGAAACUCUGCUGCAGCAACAACUCCUUCAAACGGGAUCCAAUGCCAGAGCCUACUCACGGACUUCCGAUUAAAAUCACGCCAAAGUAAAAUUGCUGUCUAUUUCGAUAAUAAAUGUUUCAAGAAUUUAUAUAAGCAGAUGUUCAAUUUAAAUACGAAGUUUGUCACAGUUUGAACAAAUGUUACUAUAUGAUUCGUACUUUCGAUGUGCAUUUGUACAAUCGAGGGCAACUUAAUAUCA